ACUAUACAUUAUUAUACAUUAAUAAAAACAUGGAUCAUCAUGGAAUAUUUUGCACCAAAGAUAUGUCACAUAAAAAUGUUCUUGAGGUUCCUAUUUCAGCAGAGGAAUUGAAGAUACGAAGUGAGCUUGCAAUAAAGAUUGAAAGGGAUUUAGAAAAUGAGAUUAAGGAAGGUUUAUGCAAUCUCGCUCGUCGAUUGCACCGAAUUUUUCAGCAGAGGAAGUUGAGGGAAGCAAAAGAAGAAGCAUGUAAGGUAGAUAACAAAAUUAGAGAACUUUCUGAAGUGAUUAUAAGAAUAAGAAUUGAAGGGGGGACUAAAAUUGAGAUUAAGGAAGUUAAGAAAGAAGCAAAUGAAAAAGGUGGUAAUUUUGGACAGAAAAAAUGUUUGAAAGAAGUGAAGAAAAUUGAUUGGGAGAAAAGUUUGAGAAAAGGUUCAAGUCCUGUUUGUGUAAAAGGAUCAUAUGUUAAAUCAAAGCAGAAGGAUAGAAUGAUGAUGAGGGGAAAGAAUGGAAGUGAGGAUAAGAAGCUAAUUCAAUUGGUGUGGAAGGUUUAAAUCUCAAUUUCUUUGGUUUGUUUGUUUGUUUGUUUUUUUUUGCCUUUUCAUCAUUGGAUUUUUUUUCUUUUUCUUGAUUUGCAUUGUAUGAAAGUAUAGAAAUAAAUGGAUUGAAGGCUUGAAAGUUGUUUCC